UGUGUGCCUCAUUACACCUUAGGAAAUUCUUUCCCAUAUAUUUUACUGGGAUUUUGACAAAAACGUGUGUUAAAAUUUACAUAAAAUUGGGAAAAUUAUAGUUGUAGCAUAGCAGAGCAGAGUAAAUGGUGUAAAUUCGAAAUUGGCCAACGUUUGAUACACACACACACACACUAUUCACACACCCUCCACUCCGCGAGCGCGUGUAACUUCAAAUUAAGAGCGCAACACAAAACACAUUUUCAUUAACAAAAUACAAUGGGUAACGUGCUAGCGGCUUCGUCCGGCGUUGACCCAUCACGCAACACUGUGGCAGCCAGCCUGGGUUUGCCGGAGCCCGCGAUCUUGCAACCAAUAGACUCUGCGUCCACAGCGGCAACCGCCGAAGGCACCUCUGUGGCAAAGGAUGGGACUUUGGAGAAUCCCGGCACGGUCGAGGAGUUGCAUAAAAAAUGCAAAGACAUACAGGCAAUGACCUUUGAGGGAGCCAAAAUUAUGCUGAACAAGGGUCUCAGCAAUCACUUCCAGGUCUCUCACACCAUCAACAUGAGCACCACAGUGCCGAGCGGGUAUCGUUUUGGCGCUACCUAUGUGGGCACCAAGCAAUACAGUCCAACUGAGGCAUUUCCUGUGCUCCUGGGCGACAUUGAUCCUUCGGGUAACCUGAAUGCGAAUGUGAUACAUCAGUUCUCGUCGCGUUUGCGUUGCAAAUUCGCCUCGCAGAUUCAGGAAUCGAAGAUGGUAGCAACACAGAUUACCACGGAUUAUCGCGGUAACGACUUCACCGCCUCCAUCACAUUGGGCAACCCCAGCAUAUUCACCAAUUCAGGCGUCAUUGUUGGUCAAUAUCUGCAGUCCGUUACACAGCGUGUCGCUCUGGGCGCUGAGCUGGCUUAUCAAUACGGUCCCAAUGUACCUGGCCGACAAAUUGCCAUAGUUUCGGCCGUAGGUCGCUAUUCAAAUGGUGACUCGGUUUGGUCGGGGUCGCUCGGCCCUAGUGGCUUGCAUUUGUGCUAUUAUCAAAAGGCCAGCGAUCAGCUACAGAUUGGCGUCGAGGUGGAAACUAGUCUACGUAUGCAAGAAUCGGUGGCAACCAUUGCCUAUCAGAUUGACUUGCCCAAGGCGGAUUUGGUGUUCAGAGGCUCCGUUGAUUCUAAUUGGCACAUUUCUGGCGUGCUAGAAAAGCGCCUACAGCCAUUGCCAUUCUCAUUUGCGCUGAGUGGUCGCAUGAAUCAUGUGAAGAAUAAUUUUAGACUUGGCUGUGGACUGAUGAUUGGCUAAAAGGCCCGCAUGUAACCAACCACCCAACCAACCAAACAUACAUCCAAACACACACAUCAACACACAUACAACUUUCACAUAUGAGCAUCAUUCAUCAAUUGGCAAUGCGGCAAAAUGACAGGAACAACAACAGAAAAUUGUUCGUGUUUUUAUAUUGACCAAUUUUUGUUUAAUUGACUGCAAAAGUGGUUUUUUAUUGUAAAUGUUCAUAACGUAACCAAAAGCCAAGCACACAACUCCAGGAGCAAGUCAAACAACAAUCAACAUAAACAAAAACAACAAGCGUCGACAACAACAACUUAACAACAAAUGGAGGAAUCAGACAAACAAUGUUUUGUUCCGGGGGGUACAAACAAUUCAACAACAAUAACACAAGAAUCUGUGCACAUUUAGGGUUGCUGCGACAACAACAACAAAACACACCAACUGCAGCUCCAAUUUUGUUUAUUGUUUACAAACUUAACGUAUUAAUAUAUUGAAAAUGAAAAACGAAUAAUUGUUUUGCUCAUGUCGCUUGACUUGCUGUCUUAAAUAUUAAAACACUUUUACUUUUUAUGUGCCACGCCCUGCCUUAUUUUCCAGUCUGCCUUCUGCAGACGGUCAACAUUGCCUCAACAAAAUAUCAUUGUACAUUGUAAGUCGCUAACUACAAGCGUGUAUAGCAAAACAUGAAAACUCACUUGUGCGCAUUUAAAGCAACAGGAAGUCGACAAAAAAUUAAAUAAAAAACAAAUACACCAACACCCCAGUGCGACAACAACAAUAGUAAUUAAUAUUAAUAACAAAAACAUCAGCAACCAGAACAAGAAAAAUGAGUAUAGGAAAUCGGUGGAACACUGCUUUAUGUUUAUAAUUCUUAAAUUAUAAAUUAGUUCUAGUUACAACAAAUUGUUUAAACAAUUUUAAUUUGUGCUACAUUGUCAUGUAGCGGUCAACGGUGAGACAAAAUAAUGUCAGUGGGGAUACCAAACUGUAACUAAAGUUAUACUUAAAUAAUACAAAGGAAGGAAAUUUUAAAUA